CCUUUAAUGCUGUCUUGCCCCUCAGGGAAUGUAUUCGUUGAAUGGAGAGGAGAUGAGGAUAUCAAGAAAUUAAUGUCGUUACAUAUAUAGCUAGCUGUUGGUUGCAACAGAGUAGCGGAUAGUUCUACCGAGUAGAGUACAUUUGACCCGUAAUUGGUAGCUGUAUUUCCAAUAGAUAAGGGUACUUUGCGCCGAUUUUCUUUCGAGAGAGCACGCCUGCGUUUGUGUAGGGGCGAGAGCAAGGAAUGGCCGCGGACGUGGAUAAAAGAAUCCCGGAGGACAAGAAAGCUUGUUUGGGGGAGGAUGAGCGUCUGGACAAAUCUCAAGGCGGCGAACGACUGGCGCCUGGCAGGUCCAAGCGAUCUUGGAUCAUUGGAGCAAUGUCAACAUUGCUUAUGUUCAUUAUUGUUCCCCUUCUUGCCUUUGGUUACACAUAUUAUCAGGACUCACAGCUACUUAAACGUCAUGAAGUGGCCUUGAAAGCACUGGGCACCGAGGGCCUCUUUCUCUUCUCCUCCUUGGACACAAACCAUGACCUGUACCUUAGUCCUGAGGAGUUCAAACUCGUCGCAGAGAAACUCACAGGGAUCUCACCUCCAGCAGAUUUUGAGGAGGAAGUGACCCAUGACCCCAAUGGAGAGACCCUAACCCUGGAGGCCAAGAUGCAGCCUCUGCAGCUUGACACAAUGACGAAGAGCAAGGACGGCUUCCUCGGGGUUACUCAUAGUUCCCUGAGUGGGCUGCGUUCCUGGCAGAGUCCUGCUGUGCCCUCCAUGUCCUUCUCUGCCAGCCAGUUCAGGGCCUUCCUGCCCCCCAAAAACAAAGGGGAAGUGGGGGACACCUGGUGGGUCAUUCAGAGUGAGCUCAACAUCUUCACUGGGUACCUGCCAAACAAUCGCUACCACCCUCCUGCACCACGAGGAAAAGAGGUUCUCAUUCACUCCCUGUUAAGUAUGUUCCAUCCACGGCCCUUCAUCAAGUCUCGUUUUGCCCCUCAGGGAACAGUGGCCUGCAUCCGAGCCGCCAGUGACUUUUAUCUAGACAUUGUCUUCAGGAUCCAUGCAGAGUUUCAGCUCAAUGAUGUCCCAGACUUCCCCUUCUGGUUCACCCCGGGCCAGUUCACUGGCAACAUCAUCCUCUCCCGGGACUCCUCCCACGUCCGACAGUUCACCCUCUACGUCCCCAACGACAGGACUCUGAAUGUGGACAUGGAGUGGCUCUAUGGAGCCACUGAGAACAGUAAUAUGGAGGUGGACAUUGGAUACCUGCCACAGAUGGAGCUGCAGGCCGCUGGUCCAUCCACUCCCUCCUUCAUCCAGGAUGAGGAGGGGAAUAUUAUCGAUAGCCGAGGUGGAGGCAGCGACCCUAUCCAGUUUGUCUUCGAGGACAUACACUGGACGUCUGAGAUCAGCCGCGAGGAGGCUGCUCGCCGCCUCGAGGUCACCUUCUACCCCUUCAAGAAGGUGUCAUACCUGCCCUUCUCGGAGGCCUUUCAGCGAGCGCAGGAAGAGAGCAAGCUGGUGCACUCCAUCCUCCUCUGGGGGGCACUAGAUGACCAAUCCUGCUGAGGUUCGGGGCGGACUCUCCGGGAGACAGUCCUGGAAAGUUCGCCCGUCCUGGCCCUGCUCAACCAGAGCUUCGUCAGCAGCUGGUCCCUGGUCAAAGAGCUGGAGGACAUGCAGGCUAACAAGCAGAACCCGGUUGAGAGUCAGAGGGCCCGCCUACACCUGGAGAAUUACAACUUUCCAGUAGAAAUGAUGGUGGCGCUGCCCAACGGCACUAUUGUUCACCACAUCAAUGCUAACUACUUCCUGGACCAGACGUCCAUGAAGCCGGAGGAGGAAGCUGCCACAUUUAGCUUCUCUGGGGGGUUCGAGGACCCAUCCACUGCAACGUACAUCAACUUCCUCAAAGAGGGUCUGGAGAAAGCAAAGGAGCAUCUGGCACAGUAAAGACGAACGGUGGUCAAAAGUGUGUGUGUAAAAACUAGAGUAAUUCCUCUGUGAAGGAUAAUGAUCAAAGAAAAAGCUAACUUGUGUGUAGGGAUCAGAUUCCUAAAGUGCUGGCUUGGCAGCUGUUAACUUUUCAGGUUGUUUUACUAGCAUCCAAUAUGAUCAGUAUUACAACAACCUCUUCAAACGACAGUGGCCACUAUACCAGUUGAGCCCUCAAGACAACAUUUUUUUUUUU